AGAGAGAGAGAGAGAGAGAGAGAGAGAGAGAGAGAGAGAGAGACUCCGUCUCUGAGACUGGAAGAAGUCGCGCUCGGGAAUCUGAUUUCUCUGCGUUUGUUUUUCUUGUUUUAUGUAUGCAUAUUUUUUCCUCUUCUGUUUUGAAUCUGUCACGUGCUGUCUUGGCUCAUGACUGAACGCGCUCAACAUCUGGGAUGAUUUCAAUUAUGGGUCGAUUUGGGAUAACAUUUCCCCGGAGCCGCCGCUGAUGGUUCAAUCCCCGUCCGACCCGGUCCUCGCAGCGUGAUGGAUACAAAUGAGUUCGUCGUGCUGAAACUUUUAUUUUUGGCCUUUUUGGUUAAUACUUGGAUGAUGAGCGGGACGUCAGCCUCUGACACGUUCAACUUGGAGCCCAUUACCUGGCAGAGGAGGCUCUGCAACGAGUCUCGUCUCCGGUGGGAGGUGGAGGUCUGCGGGGAAGACUUCAAGCGGGACAUGGCUCACGUAGACCCGGAGCAAUGGUGCAACCUCACAUACUUCAUGAGCGAGUAUCACCUCUUCACGCUCUGCACAGAGACCAAGGCCCAAAGCGUUGACUGCUACUGGCCCAACCCGCUGGUGGAGAGCUACAUCAUCCACAUACACAAGCACUUUUUCUCCAACUGCACAAUAGAGGAGGUGAUAUGGAUGGACCCGCCGGACGACACGCUCACCAUCCUCAUCCUCAUACCGGUUUUCCUCACCUUGGCCAUGAUUGCUCUGGUGGUCUGGUGCAGCAAAAGGAGCGAUCUGCUGGCGUAGGACAUGAGAACACAAGAUGGAAAGGAAAAACUCAAACGAAGGACCAAAAUCUCUUCAAUUUGUAAAAUAGAUUUUUUUUUGGGCGGGGGGAUUAAAUGGUCUGUUAAUAGCACAGUAAACUAACUUAAUCUCUUGUUACCAGGGGUGAUGAAAAGCUCGUAUGUAUCAAAUCGUAGAUCUUGUCCCCUCUGAGGCAUUGUACCAUGUACCAAUGGCUCGUGUGUUUCUCUGUAAAGUUGCUCACUCUUUUGUUCAAGUGAAAGGAGUUGAGGGCAUAUUCCAAAUUAAUCCCUAAUCUAGUGUCACAAUACAAGAGAAUUUCAUUCAUAAGGAAUUUGACAUUAAGUGUUCACUUCUUUUUCUCGUCCUUGUUCAACAUAAGUGCAUAUUUCCUGUUCAAAUUCAUUUGGUGGGGUUAUUUUUCCAGCGUUGGAUUCAGUGUUCUGAAAAGAUUAAGGUGUUAAUCUCAUUGCUAGAUUGUGUGAAAUUGGAAUGAGAGACAGGAAUUUCAUUUUAUAAUUUAGCAUGUGUUCAACAUGAAAAUACUGAUUUAAGUCAAUUAAGACUUGACUUUGGUUUAAAGUGGCGAUUUGAAUUGGGGCAAAAAAGUAUUUAGACUUAAAUUGGACUUUCCCUCAAAUAGUUGAGAUCUGACUUGGACUUGUCCCUAAAAUAGCUCACUUGGUCUUAAGACAAAAAGAUUUGAGAACUGAACUGAACUUGCCUUCAGAGACUCAAUAAAUGUUAUUUUUAGAGCAAUAGCCUUUAGACUCACCUCUAGAAGACUCAAGCCUUGACUUGGAUUUGGAAGAAACGCGACUUGUAGACGCCUGUGGAAGAAAUCAGAGCUGAUGUAUUUUUACACAUUUGAACCAACCAAUCUUUGGUUCAAGAUUGGACAAAAAUAUUUUGACUCCAUGCAUUUGGUAUCUCCUUACAAUUGCUUAACAAGAUCAAAGAAAACAAAUAUUGUCUGAAUGAGUCGUAAAAUGACGUUUUCUUAAAACCACUACUGUGCUCACUUGAAAUGAACAAACAAGAUCAGAUUUAAGCUUUAGAGAGAUUAUUUUUUAUUUCUUUUAUGUUUUUUUUUUUUUUUACCAAAUGUGACUAUUGAACUUGCGAUUUCUGUGUGUCUACUGUCUUUAUGCUAACCCAACCAUCUUCCUUGAGGCUUUCCACGUUGAGACUUUAAAUAAUCAAACUCCUUGGAGGUGACAAGGACGUGGGUUGUCUUGAUCGACCCUCACUCACUGGGUUGAUUUGCCCAGAAGGACAAUUCUGUGCUACAUUCUCGAAAUCUCUUGGACGCAGACUUUUGACCCUCGAGAUUCCUGCCGGAGAACUGCAUCGCCGCUGAACACCAAAGCAUCCGAGAGACCGACCUCUACGCCGAUGGGAGAUCUUAGUCACAAAGGAUGCUGUAUUGAAAUAUUCUAUCAUCGCACUGUAUGGUUCCCUGGAAGGAAGCCAAAGUUGGGAUUUAUACUGUUUCGAGGAAUGCGAUGUUUAGUGCUAAAUGACUGAAUGGAUCUUCACCACUGGAAAGAGUAAAUGUCGUAAUGACAAGGGAAACACUGCGAUUUAUAUAUUUUGAGACUUGAAUUUUCAGUUGGACGGAUCCCCAAAAGUCUGUUUUCGUAGCAGUGUAACUUAUAAGAUGUUGCCGUUGAAAUAUUAGUGCUCACAAAGGUGAGUUAUCGAUAGAGGCCAAAAUCUGUCUGUGCUGUCUACUGUAUCUUUAUUGCUUUUCCACUGUUACUCAGACAAGAGAUGCACGCUGUCGGUUUACCACAGAACAACCAAUUAUUAAUUUGACUCCCUGAGCCUUUUCAGACCCAAAUAACUCUUAACUGAAGUCAUCCAUGACUCUUACGCCAUCAUUUUUUGGGUAUCUUGGUAGUUCAAGUGUGAUGAAAAGCGUCCAGCAUAGAGAGCUUUGAUUUAAUGUCCAAAAUUAACUUCUUUUUUUUUUUUUUUUAUCUUAUCCACUCUACUACGAAACUGUAGUUCCAGUAGGAUUAGCUCAUUGCUAGCUUAGAUUAACAAAAGAUAAAUCACACUGAAUCUGCUCUCUCAAACUAAACAGAGUUUGAGCAGCAAUAUGUUUUUGCUGCAGAUUUUUAUGAAUCAUAAAUUGUCCGUAGCUGCAAAUGUACGGUAACCUAUUUUUAUGACUAGGAGAGCCAUGUGGGAAUUUGACUUGGAUCUAAAUCACCUUUUAAACUGAGAAUCUGACAUUUAUGUGUAAUUUUGUGUUACCAAAAGUUUAUAAAUGCACACUUCUAACUUCAAGUGAGAUGUAGCAUAAGCUAGGCACUUUUCUUUAUUCUGCAUCAAUGAAGGAUCACUCUCUUUCAGUAAGCGUAGCUUCUGGAGCUUUGAACAGAAACCAUUAAUACCUGUUUUGGAACCAUCAAGCAUUUUCAACACUAAAUUGUACACUGGAUAUAAAUGCCUGGCAUAACUAAAAGCAGAAAGUCAGCUGGUUUGUCAUAAAUGUUUGAUAGGACACAAUGACAUUUAGUUACUGAUCAAACAAACAGAAAAAAAACCUCUGUCUCAAAGUCUCUGUUCAACUCCACACAUUUAUUUUGCAAAGGAUUCAAUUUUCCACUUGGUUUGUGCUCAGAAACACAAUCAAACUUUUUUUUAAAAAUCAUCUUUCCAAGGUUUAAAAUUGAUCUUAAGAAACUCAAUUUCUGAUGUUAUGUGUGAAUCUGAUAUCUGGAGAUGAUUGUCUUUUAUAGAAACAGACAACAGUGAAGCCUCUUUCAAUCGUCCUUGAGCCUUAGUCUGCUUUUGUCAUGCUCUAAUUCUCUUCUUUAAUUUUUGAUGCUUAUGACAGGGUAGAAGACUUUUUCAAAACCGUUUCAAAGACCAUAAUAAUGUUGUAGCAUUGGCCAUAAUUUCUCCAUUCAAACACAUUUUUGGGACAUUUCACCAGGGAAUAAAUCUUUCUGGGUUUUUAAUUGACAUGAAGGAAUUUUUAAGUGGAAAAUCCCCAAAAGAGGAAUAAGACAAGGAAGAUUAUGAAAUAAACUAUAUAUUUAUUUAGCUGUAGGUGUUGAUGUAAUAAGCUGAGAAAUAUUAACAUUUUUCUAACUUAAUUCUUGAGGUGUGAUAUUAUCUAUUUAUAUCUUAUAUGAACUUAAUGUUUGUUAAUGCUUCAAGGUGUGCUUUUGGUGACCUUUUCUUUUUCACAAGUUUUUACACGACGCGUGAAAUCUGCUUGCUGAUUUGCCUUUGACCAGCUUUGCAUGAAGCCCUUUGAAUGGGAGGAUAGUGUUCAGGGUACAGCAGUGUGUCAGAGCCACAGAGGGAAAUGAGAAGCAGGACGGAUAGGGAAGGGGUAAAAAAAAAUAAGAAACUCCCCUUGAAAUGUUGUCUUUUCUAAAUAAAUAAUAAAUAGUCAUGUUGUGAUGUGUCUCA